UGUGAAAGUCGUCCCAAAUGCAACUCAAAUUCCUCCCAAAAAUUAAAAAAAACGCUACAACCGCAAAAAUUGUCACCAAACUUUAAUUAUAGCUUCCCAAUAAUUCCCUAUCCCCCUUUCCCUUUCAGAUCAGAUAACCUCAUCUCCGCCACCAUACACCAGCCGGCACCUUUGAGAUCUGAGCAAACCACCGGCAGUAGAUCGACGGACAAAAACACAUGUGACGAGGAUCAUAAGCUUCCGGUGACCGAUGAACGUCGACGAUAACUUUUUCCGACCAAAAUUAAGUUUUUGUAAAAAGGCUACAAUAUGGAAAAAAGUAAUCAACGUGAUAUUUCAAGCUACAAUGUGGAAUACAUAGAAGUCACAAAACGAGAGAGAAUUCAACGGAGUUACCCGAACCGAAAUUAACAUAAUAGAAACGGUAAUGUCGGACAGCUUUAUAUGGCUAAAGAGCAAAUCAAGUUCAAGAUAUCGUGUGGGAGAGAUAGGUAGAGUUCAAUAUAAGAGAUAUAGUAAGAUAAUCGGAUCAAUGUAAUUAGGGGUGUUUGUUCUUUCUGCACUUUGUAUUUUCUUUUUGUACUGUUUUUUUCAGGUUUUUACAGAUUUUCCUGGUCCUGUUUUAUUAAUCAUAGAAUCUCACCGUUAAAAAAAAAAAAAAAAAAAAAAAAAAAAAACUAAAUACCUUCGAGACGCGCCUAUAUUCCCACCACGUGCCACAGCGCGUCAUACUUCCAACUCCAUCCACUAUGUUUGGAGUUUGGAACCGGAGUGGGCCCCAACCUCUGCAACAAAUAAAAAUCCCAAAAUCGACGAUAUUUCCAGCAACUCUCUCACAAUACGCCACGUGUCAAAACAAUCAAUCUCAACCGUGAAGGGUGACCAGUCAAAUCCCCCGUCCGAUGAGCGAUCAAAAAACAAUCGACGGCGGAUAUUCUGCCCGUGGUCAGAUCUUAUCGCCUUUAAGAACGACCCCCAACCCCUUCAAUCCUCGCUCAGUCUCAAACCCUAGAAGGUCGUCAUCAUCAUCUUCCUUCAUCUACAUUGUUGUUAUAACUAAUUUUUCUCCGGCGAUAAUCAACAGAUCGCCGGUCGGACACCAUCAUCUUGUCUGCAUUCGAAAUUGUGACUGCUGCAUGUUGCCCGUAUCAAUUCGAGAUAGAUCCGGAUCCCGACGGUGCGGCGUUGUCCGUACAUGGCGUCGACGGUUUUAGCGAGUCGGAAUCAUACAAGUAUGGGAGAAAUCCCUAAUAAUCCUCGUCAUCUGAACCCUAACCCUAGCCAAAAACCCAAAAUAAAGAAAAAGCAGGCCGUAUCGGAUGAUGCUUAUUCGUACAACCAACGUCCGGCGGGUAGGGGAUAUGGGAAUGGGUUCAAUUACGGGGAGUAUGUGACCUACCGUGUUGCUUCGUGCUCUAGAAGCGAGAUUAAUGAGCUUAGGAGGAAAUUAGCUUCGGAUCUUGACCGAAUUCGGAGCCUGAAUGAUCGAAUUCAGGUUGGGGAAGUAAACCCGGGAAAUAAAUUCGGAUCUAGCAACAAAGUGUUGAAAUAUGGUUGUGAGAAUUUGUUGAAGAAUUGUAAGCAGGUUUUAACGAAAUUGAUGAAGCAUAAGCUCAGCUGGGUGUUUAACAAACCGGUUGACGUGGUAGCUUUUGGGCUUCAUGAUUACCAUCAGAUUAUUAAGAGCCCGAUGGAUUUGGGUUCAGUUAAGUUGAAUUUGUCCAAGAAUAUGUAUUCUAGUCCACUUGAUUUUGCCUCCGAUGUUCGGUUGGUGUUUGAGAAUGCGAUGCUUUAUAACCCCAAGACGGAUGAGGUUCAUGGAAUGGCUCAACAGCUGCUGUCCUAUUUUGAGAUGCUUUUUAGACCGAUUCAGGCGAAAUUGCCUACUAAUCACCGUGUGAAUGAGUUUUCUGCUGUAGAUGAAUUCAAUGGAAGUUCGUGGGACGAUAUACAGACGCCUGAGAGAUCCAAGAAGCCGAAAUUUAGUGAUCCGGUUGCUCCUGUUUUAAACAAGCAAAAUCACUCCACUGCGUCCAAACCGAUCGUCCCACCUGUUGUUCAGCCGCCUAUGCGGACUCCAUCGCCAAUGCAGGCUGCAGAACCAGAACCAGAACAGAUCAAACCGUCAUCAACUGCGACACGAGGAACUGUGCCGAAGCUGCCCAAGCCCAGAGCCAAGGAUCCGAACAAGAGGGACAUGAACAUGGAAGAGAAACAGAAAUUGGGGUUAGGGCUGCAAAGUAUGCCACCAGAGAAGAUGCCACAGUUAUUGCAGAUCAUACGUAAGAGGAACGAUCAGUUGGCACAAGAGGGUGAUGAAAUCGAGCUUGACAUAGAGGCUUUGGACACAGAAACGCUCUGGGAGCUCGAUCGGUUUGUCACCAACUGGAAGAAACUAGUGAGCAAGACGAAAAGGCAAGCACUUUUAGUAAACAGCGCAACGGUCGACAUUGAUGAUGUUGACGGGAUGAAGAAAAACAAGAAGGAAGCAGGGGAAGAAGAUGUCGAUAUUGGCGAUGAGAUGCCGGAGAGCAGCUUCCCUCAUGUGGAGAUUGAGAAAGAUGAUGGUGGUAUUGGUGAACAGGGUCAAGCUGCAGGUCAUGGAAAUGAGAAUGAGAAUGCAAGCAGCACCUCUAGCGGAUCGAGCAGUUCAAGCAGUGGCGAGUCGUCUUCCUCGAGCGAUUCAGACUCUGGGAGUGAUUCAGAUGCAGAUGAGGCGCAUUCGUAACACCAGACAUCGCAUAUCUGAAUUGCGAUAAACAGCAUAACGCAAGAUCUGAAAUGGUGAAAGCUUGAACAAGAUACAAGGCAUGAAUGGGGAAGAAGAACCUUUGAUUGGUUGGUUUAAUCCUUCCUAAUGUUAAUGGUUUUUAGGGUUUUGAUCUUUUUUUUUUGUAUACAAUAUGAAAUAGGAGGAAGCUGAGGCAGAUAGGUUAGUGGAUGAUGAGGUCUGGUCUUGUGUGUACAUAUGACCAACAAGGCAGACAAACUUUAGUGUUGUUAGUAUCAUUGAUAAUUCUAUUGCAAUAUGUUGUUAAAUUCUUUACAUUAAUUUAAUUAAUUGACAAUUUCAACAUUUGAUUCCUAAUAUUUGGGGAACUGAUUUGUAGUUCGAAGUAAUGAAUGGAUGGUUGAUCUUACUCUUUUAUUUA